GGCGCGCUCGCGGCCAGGGCGGCGGCUGUGCGCAGGCGCGCCCCCGCUCACCGUGACCCUGCGACCCCGAUGUCCUCGCGGAGGAUGGCGGCCGUCCGGGCUCUGGUGGCGUCCAGGCUGGCGUUGACCCCCGCCUUCGCGCCGCGCCCCGGCCUGCGUCCGCUGCCGUUCGGCGGACGGGCGCCGUCUCCGCGCGCGGCCCUCCACGCCUCCGCGCCGCGCCCCGUGGCCAGGGUCGCAGUGGUGCUGUCCGGAUGCGGGGUCUACGACGGGACGGAGCUCCACGAGGCCUCAUCGAUACUGGUUCAUCUGAGCCGUGCGGGGGCCGAGGUCCAGAUCUUUGCUCCUGACAUCCCUCAGAUGCACGUGAUUGACCACACCAAGGGGCAGCCUUCUGAGGGCGAAACCAGGAACGUUCUGACUGAGUCCGCGAGGAUCGCCCGCGGCAAGAUCACCGACCUGGCCAAACUCAGCGCUGCUGACCACGACGCGGCCGUCUUCCCCGGGGGCUUCGGAGCCGCCAAAAACCUGAGCACGUUCGCCGUAGACGGGGGUGACUGCAAGGUGAAUAAAGACGUGGAGCGCGUCCUGAAGGAGUUCCACCAGGCCGGGAAGCCCAUUGGCUUGUGCUGCAUCGCUCCCGUCCUCGCCGCCAAAGUGCUCAGAAGUGUCGAGGUCACCGUGGGCCACGAGCAGGAGGAAGGCGGCAAGUGGCCGUAUGCCGGGACCGCGCAGGUCAUCAAAGCCCUGGGUGCCAAGCACUGUGUGACGGGAGUGACCGAGGCCCACGUGGACCAGAAGAACAAGGUGGUCACCACCCCGGCCUUCAUGUGUGACACCGCCUUCCACCACGUUCACGACGGGCUCGGGGCCAUGGUGCGGAAGGUGCUGGAACUCACCAGCACGUGAGGCCCUCGGUGCCGGGGCUGCUCGCCUGUCAGCUUGGAACCGGGCAGGAACUGAUUUCUUCGCUUAAACCUGCAGGCAUUGUCUUUGUAAGGAGGGCGCUCGCGACAUGCUCGGGGUCGGGGUAGACUCCCUCUCAAGGAGUGAGGCCAGGGCGGCAGGGCCCACCCUCUGAGAGGGGCGCUGGCACCUGGACUCGUGUGCAGCUUCAAGCUUAAGAUCAAGUCUGCUUUUCUGCGCCAGCAGAAGGGAGAGAGAGGACCACGGUCCUAGGCCGGACUCGCUUCAGAGCACCUUACUUAGUGUUUGGAAGGAAACAUUCUUUAAGUUUGCAAAUCUAAUCGGGAAACCAGAAUACCAUCUCAUUGACGAUUAAAGCUUCUCUAACCUGGA